AAAAUCCCAAUCCCCAACUCAACAAUCAUCGCCCUAGUUGUUUCAUCAAGGUUUCAAACAAUGGCGGAUGAGGGCCGCUCAAGCAAAAAGCGGAAGAGGGCGAAGCGUCGCGGAACUGACAAAAACAAAGAUUCUACCUAUAAUCUACCGGAUGCUACUGAGCUCAGUAGCCAAGAUAUCGUUGUUUCUUCUUCUUCCGACGGCAAAAAAACUCAGAGGGUUUCCGGCUCGUCUAGUUUCCUCGAUAAGAUGCGUGCUCGUUUGUCAGGAGGGCAUUUCAGGAUGCUUAAUGAGAAGUUGUAUACUUGCACAGGGGAAGAGGCGCUUAACUAUUUCAAGGAAGACAAGCUUUUGUUUGAUAUGUAUCAUACAGGAUACCAAGAGCAAAUGACACAUUGGCCUGAGCUGCCUGUGAAUUUAAUCAUAAAAUGGCUGAAGGAGCAUGAUCCCUCAUUUAUCGUGGCUGAUUUUGGCUGUGGGGAUGCACGCCUUUCAAAGAAUGUGAAGAAUAAAGUUUUCUCAUUUGAUCUCGUUUCAAAAGAUCCUUCUGUUAUUGCUUGUGAUAUGUCAAAUACACCUCUCGACUCUGCAUCUGUGGAUGUUGCUGUCUUUUGCCUUUCACUUAUGGGAGUCAAUUAUGCAAGUUACUUGGCAGAAGCACGACGAGUGCUUAAACCACGUGGAUGGCUUUUAAUAUCAGAAGUUAAAAGCAGAUUUGACCCUAGCAAUGGAGGAGCCGACCCCCAAAAGUUCAUAAAGGCUGUUUGUGAGCUAGGUUUCGUCUCAGCUUUGAAGGAUUUCUCAAAUAAGAUGUUUAUUUUGUUGUACUUCAAGAAAAAGGAUGAGAAAACUUCCGAGGGGAAAGACAUUGAUUGGCCCCAACUAAAACCUUGUUUGUACAAACGGCGAUGAGUUUGCAUUUUCUUUUUUUUUUGGUUAUGUUAAAAAGAAACUCACGUCUAUAUUUCUACAAUCUUAUCGUAAAUUAUUUUGUACUUCACUGAUGUUGUCAAAUGAAAUGUUGGUUGGGCAGUUAUUUCUAA